AUGAAAAAAGUAACAAAUCAGCUUGUGAAACAGCAAUUUCCAGCCAAACACUUCAAGCUCCUGGUCGUUGGAGGUGGUGCCGGUGGUCUUGGUGCCGCGAGCAAGUUCGCUCGAAAACUGCCACGUGGCAGUGUCGGAAUUAUCGAACCACAUGAGGAUCACUAUUACCAACCUGGUUUCACUCUGGUCGGUGGUGGAUUGAUGAGUCUGAAGGAGACGACUAGAAAACAGGAGAAACUGAUUCCCAGUGGUGCCAAGUGGAUUCGAAAUGAAGUUGUAUUAUUUACACCUACACAGAAUAUGGUCACAUUGGAUGGAGGAGAGGAUAUCAGCUAUGAUUAUAUGGUGGUGGCAAUGGGAGCGCAUUUGAGGUUUGAUAAGAUAAAAGGAGCACUAGAAGCGCUGGAAACUCCAGGAGUGUGCUCCAACUAUUCACCAUUCCACGUGGAGAAACACUACAGAGAAGUGAUGAAUUUUCAGGGUGGAAAUGCGAUUUACACCUACCCAAACGGCCCGAUAAAAUGUGCAGGAGCCCCACAAAAAGCUUGUUAUAUCACUGAUUCAAUUCUGAGACAACGAGAAGUUAGAGAGAAUGCUCAUAUGAUUUAUGCGACCAGUUUGGACAAGAUUUUUGGUGUCGAAAACUACGUAAAACCAUUGGAGAAAGUGGCCCAGGAGAAAGAUAUAGAUGUGCGAACGAGAAGAAAUUUGAUAGAAAUCGAUACUUCUAAAAAUUCUGCUACUUUCCAGUUACUGGAUGAAGAUGGAGCAGCGACAGAAGAGACGGAGAAAAUUGAGUACUCCCUUCUUCAUAUUGGACCACCUUGCUCAGCUCCAAAAGCUCUUCGAAAAUCACCGUUUGCUGAUAAGUCUGGAUUUAUGGAUGUGGAUGAUGGAACGUUGCAGUCCAACAGAUUCCCAAAUGUAUUCGGAGUUGGUGACUGUAUGAAUACACCAAAUGCCAAAACAGCGGCGUCUGUAUCUUCUCAUCUGAAGACGUUGGAUAGAAACUUGACAUUAGCAAUGCUAGGAAGGAAACCGUAUUUCAAGUACGAUGGCUACGCUUCCUGUCCAUUGGUUGUCAGUAAAAAUCGUGUGAUUUUGGCUGAAUUCAAUUCAAAUGGAACAUUGGAAACCACACCAUUGAAUCAGAAGAAACCAGCGUAUUGGGCGUUUUUAAUGAAAAAAUAUUUGAUGCCAGCACUAUAUUGGAAUGGGUUGAUUAGAGGAUACUGGAAUGGACCAGCGACGAUUCGGAAGUUUUCAAGAUUGGUGGAUUCGAAAAAUCGUAAAGGGAUCCUAUGA